AUGCAGUCCAUGCCAUUGCUGCUCAGGCAGUCCCUCCGAUCAACCGUCACCUUCACAAGAACAUCUCGUCCGGUCCGAUCACCUCUUCAUUCCGCCGUUGGCCCGAAGCCUCUACCAGCUGGCUCACGGCGGCAGUUUUCGAUUUGCGUACAAUGUCAAUUUCGGUCGCAGUUUGCGCUGUACUCAUCAAAUGAGACUGAAAAGUUGAAAGAUGGAAAGACUGUUGAGCAGCCGGCGGACAAGGACCAGCCUGCUACAGGCUCGUCCGAGCGGAGCUCAACAAUUUAUCUCGGAGCGGGGAGCUUGGAGCCUCCCCCGUCUGCCAAGGAGGGGAAUGAGACUGAACAGGUUCAGCAACAGGAGGCUAGGGAUGAUGCGAAAUUCCAGGGAACUGAGAGCAGUGGCCUGCCAUCGUAUUUGGAGAACCGCAGGUCCCAGGUUUCCAAACAAUUUACUACCAUGAUGGAUAACCUUCAAUCCAACAUUUUCGUGGCAGGCCAGCGAUUGAAUGAUCUGACUGGUUAUUCAUCCAUUGAAGCACUUAAGAAAGAUAUACACAGUCAAGAGGAGCGACUCCGAGCUGCCCGCCUGCGAGUCCGUGAAGCCAAAGAUGCAUAUGCAGCUGCCAUCAACAAUCGAUCAACUUCACAGCGUGAAGUCAACGAACUUCUCCAGCGGAAACAUGCCUGGUCAGCAGCAGACCUGGAACGGUUCACCCACCUCUACCGUAACGAUCACACCAACGAAGUAGCCGAAAACGACGCUCAGGAAGCUCUAUCAGUAGCAGAACGCGAGUCCGAGGAAGCUGCCGCGCAAUUGAACAAAAGCAUAUUGUCUCGGUACCACGAGGAACAAGUCUGGUCUGACAAGAUCCGCCGCAUGAGUACCUGGGGUACCUGGGGUCUCAUGGGUGUGAACGUUCUUCUCUUCCUGAUCUUCCAGAUCGCCGUGGAACCAUGGCGCCGGAAGAGGCUAGUCAAGGGAUUUGAGGAGAAGGUUAUUGAAGCCAUUGAGAAGGAAAAGGUCAUGAACCACGUUGAGAUCCUGGCUCCUGUCAAUGCCACUCAGCAGACUCCCGCCGCACUCCUUGCCACAGACUCAUCCGCUCCUAUCGUCGCAGCUGCACCAUCUCCAGCUGCUGAAGGAAUAGCCUCCAACGCAGUCUCGGCCGAAGUACCAGACGUCCCCGAGUCAGCGACUCCCGUACCCGACACGACAACAACACCCGACAACCAGAACACCCUGAACGACCUUUUCGAAUCCGCCAAAUCUCAAGUCUCGCGUUUCCCCCCUCCUACCUCCGUUGAAUCCUGGCGUCAGUAUAUCAGCGAUCUUUUCAGUGAUCGCAACCUAGUCAUCACCCAACGGGACCUGUCGUCCCUCGCUCUCCAGAGUGCGGCUGCUGGCGCAGCUAUCAUGGGUCUAGUGAUUGCUCUUAUCCGGCCGCGGUGA